CAUUGGUUCGCUGUGCUGUCGGCUCGGCGGGCGGUGCCCGGACGCAGGUGCCCGCCGGAGCCGGAGCAAGCCGCUGCUGACGGGCCGGGCCGGGCCGGGACCCGGGCCAGGGAGAACCGAGGGGCCUGCGCGGCCGCCCGGCCCGGCCGCGGAACAGGCUCCUGGGACCAUGGGCCUCAGGCCCUGAGGACAGGAGGCUCCCUGUGGCCAUGACGACAGGUGACUGUUGCCACCUCCCUGGCUCCCUAUGUGACUGCUCUAGCAGCCCUGCCUUUUCCAAGGUUGUGGAGGCCACAGGGCUUGGACCACCUCAGUAUGUAGCUCAAGUGACUUCAAGGGAUGGCCGGCUGCUCUCAACUGUCAUCCGGGCUUUGGAUACACCGAGUGACUGUCCCUUCUGCCGAAUCUGCCAUGAGGGAGCAAAUGGGGAGAACUUGCUGUCCCCAUGUGGCUGUACUGGCACCCUGGGAGCUGUGCACAAGAGCUGCCUGGAGAAAUGGCUGUCUUCCUCCAACACCAGCUACUGUGAGCUGUGUCACACUGAGUUUGCAGUGGAAAAGCGGCCCCGACCUCUCACAGAGUGGCUAAAGGACCCAGGGCCGCGCACCGAGAAGCGGACACUGUGCUGUGACAUGGUGUGCUUUGUGUUUAUCACACCACUGGCCGCCAUCUCAGGCUGGCUGUGCCUGCGAGGGGCCCAGGACCACCUCCGUCUGCAUAGCCGGCUGGAGGCUGUAGGGCUCAUUGCCCUCACCAUCGCCCUCUUCACCAUCUAUGUGCUCUGGACACUGAGACUUGAGCAUUUUGAGGUGGAGGCCUGUCUCUACCUUCCCACCCACUGCAGGACUGCCCCCGCAGGUCUCUUUCCGAUACCAUUGCCAGCUGUACUCGGAAUGGAGGAAGACCAAUCAGAAAGUCCGGCUGAAGAUCCGGGAAGCAGAUGGCUCCGAGGACCCUCACCACUCCUUGCUGGCUACUGGACUUUUAAAAAAGGUGGCAGAGGAGACCCCUGUGUGAAGGCCUGGCUGGCAGGACUCUGAGGUAGUGGACAGACCCGAGUCAGAUGGCAGUGCACGGCAUUUGGAAAGAUGGAGUCUGCCUGACUUUUCAUGCACAGCUAUGAUGCUUCUCAGGCCAAUAGCCACAGCAAACAGAGCCUGCUCUGUGACCCUGUGUGAACAUAUUUUUAAGGGUUUUGUUUUGCACAUUAUUGUAUAUGGCAAGCACAGAUGGACAGAUUUGAGCUUUGGAUGGAGUAGGCACCCCUAUCUCACUCUGAGAUCUGUUUGACACCCUUUGGACAGCAGCUUUAGCUGCUGGUGUCAAGGGUGCGUGCCCAUUGGGCUAGAAGGUUCCAGCAGGCUUCUUGCAUUACUCUGCACCUAGCUGGCUUGCUUUACUGGCACUCUUGACUUAUAAACUUAUAAAGUUGCACUGCAUUUCAAAAACCUACUCCUAAAUGAAUAAAAGGAGCCCUUGUUGGCUAA